UGCCUUUGUUAGAGAAAGGUUUUUAACAAGAAAAUGAGAGUUGUUUUAAUGUGGAUGAGAGAAAGGUUUGUCAUCAUGUGUCUGCACUGUGCCACUUCCCCAUUUAUGCAGUCCCCUUGUUCAAAUUCAAAUGGCCAUUUCCCACUACCCAUUCUCCUCUCAAGCAAUUUUCCUGCAAGACUAAACAGAAUUAACCAUGAAUACACCAUGGAUAAUGACCGAGUUUAUGAGAUGGCGACUCAGGGACUGGUCAUCUUGUUUCUUGGCCUGCAGAUUUCCUCCGGGUACCUAAACAAAACCCGAGCUUCUUUUCUCUAGCUUAAUCUGCCUUUAGUACCAAUUAAUAAUAAGAAUAAGUGGGCAUUUAAUUUUUCAAAUUCAAAAUCUCUUUAACGGUCACAAAAUCUUCAAUGUCUCUAUAAUAUUUUAGUAUGCUUCUUGCAGAUGAUGAUCAGGCCAUCUACCCAUCAUGAACAAGGUUUCUGACGUCAAGAAGGAUGAGAAGAGAGGCAAAAGGGCUUGCAAAACAUUGCCAUGGCGAAACAAAAAUGGAAAUGAGAAACGAGUAAACCAGGAAUUUACACUGGACAGAACCACUGUUUCAAUGCAAAAUAAGAGUAAUAACUCAGGCUGGCCGCAUUUUCAAGAUGAGGACUUCAUAGUUUUCUGCUUUAAAGAGAAUGGUGCAUUUGAUGUUGUGAAAGAUGGCAAGCCAGAAGCUUUUGAGCUCUUUGAUUCUGGGCAGAGAAGUCCAAGGCCUGUCAUUAGAAAGGAAGAGGAAGAGCAGAAGAGUUACUUGGAUGUAGAGUCGCAUUCUGUUACCAGCUCCAGGAGCUAUAAAUUUGAAGAAGUGGGAAACCAUAGGAUGGUGUCUGUGGAAUCGAGCGACUCCAAUCAAUCAGAAAGCAGCACAGAGUCUUUUUCCUUUCCUAUAUUGCACUGGGAGCUGACGGGCAGUCCUGAACAGAUGUCAAUAUCAGAGGGCCAAUACACAAGGAAGCACAAACUAACUUGUGCUCAUUUUCACUGUUGGAAAUUCUAAUCUCAAAAUUUCUGUAAUUUUUUAUUCUUUAUAAGGAAAUCACUUGUUUGACCAUAUAAUUAUUUGGACUCUAUCCUUCAAUUUAUUUCCCUUUUUUACAAAAAAAAACAAACCAACCAAUAAACUUUAGCACAUUGGUACUGAACUUGUCUUAAGGGUCAAGUGAUUUCAAAUUUAUAACUCAAUCGAAGCAUAGGUUCAAGAUAUUCUACGACCACAUUUACCUUAAGUGUCAAUAGCAACUCUCAGAAUCCUGUUAGCUUUUAUCACCCAAUGGAACAAAAA